AUGUCUCCUUCAGACGGACGCUGUCAGGGCCUCCCUUACGGUGUUGACUGUGCAACAGACCAGGGAACCCAAUCGACUAUCUACUUGGCGCAAUACGACUCCUUGGGCGGGAGUUCAUCAUCGCUUGGCCUUCUUCGAUACCGCGGGCCAACCGGAGGUACCAUUGCCAGCCGACCAGCGAGGAGCCAGCCCUCAGAUAGUCCACUUGGCAGCAUAGCACUGCUCCCGGUUUUCCCGACUCGGCGGAGUCCUGACGGAAGAUUCAUCGGCCGAGAUCAGUCCCCUGAGCGAGAGAGGGGCAAAAUCAUGGAGACCAAGCACGAGCGAGGCUCUUGGGCGGUGGUCCACAGGGUAUAUCCAGAAUGUCCAUUUAACUUCGACGAGCGUAUGAACAAAGAGCACAGUGGUCGCAGGUUUGCCAACGCGAUCAACAACCAGGCAAACUCAGUCUUGGAUAUCGGCACCAGCAUCAGGUGUGAUUGGGCUGAGGAGGAGAUGGAGUCCGCAUUUCCGCGCGAGGUGCCAAGAGGCUUAGCGGCGGAGCGGGAAUGGCGGAGCGGCGUGAGGACUUCCUCUCGGCGCUUGGCACUCGUUUCAGCUCGCCCAUCGCACCGAGCCUUCAAACUGCGGACGUUCAGAAUCCAAGUCUCUGCACCAAGCAUCCGCCAAAUUGCGGAGCCAACCCACGGAAAUGCUGCCAUGCGCAACACUCGCCAAUCUUGUUUGGAUUGGAUGCUUCUGGACUAA